AUGGCGCGCGGCCUCCUCAUACUUGGUGCCAUUCUCGGCUUGCUCACCAGUGCAAUGUACAUGGUCGAGCCCUACCUGGAGCAACUCUACAUUUUCACGCCCCGCGAAUUGCAUCAACUCUCCAAGGAUGCUCUGGAAGUUCAUGGAAAUGACACUGCCUCUGUCGUCUCCUACAUUGUCGAUAACCUCUCCAAAAACCACCCCGAUCACGUGAACUUGGAUGAAGAAUGGAUCUUCAACAACGCUGGCGGCGCAAUGGGCGCUAUGUACAUCAUUCACGCUUCCGUAACCGAGUAUCUGAUCGUAUUCGGAACUGCCAUUGGUACUGAAGGCCAUACUGGGCGCCACACCGCAGACGACUAUUUCCACAUCUUGAAGGGCGAGCAGCUGGCGUAUGCGCCCGCAAAGGGCGUGUAUGAGCCGGAAGUAUACCCCCAAGGUUCCGUUCAUCAUCUGAAGAGGGGAGAUGUUAAGCAGUACAAAAUGGACAAGGACUGCUUCGCGUUGGAGUACGCUCGGGGAUGGAUUCCGCCUAUGUUGUUCUUUGGCUACGCAGACACUUUCUUCAGUACUCUGGACUUCCCAACGCUGUGGCGCACAACAUUUGUCACUGGGCGUGAAAUGAUCGGAAACCUGCUGAAGGGCAAGGUGUAA